AAAAGAAAGAGCUGGAUCUCAGAAGAUGAUUUCUACAGACCUUCUGUGGGAGAGAGCAAUGAGAGCGUGGCCGACACCAACGGCUUCGGGCCGGAGGAGGCUGCCGAGGGUCUGGCCCCGGGGCUCAUCAGCGCUCUUGACUUGGAAAGGCUGUCGGUGCCGUCCUCGGAGAGCGGGAAGCCCAAAACAUCGCCCGAGCGGGAACAAAAGGGCUUCAGCGUGGUGCAUCGCAGGCAGAUGGGUCUUUCCAACCCUUUCCGAGGGCUCCUGAAGCUGGGCAGCCUGGAGCGGAGAGGAGCCAUGGGGAUCUGGAAGGAAUUUUUCUGUGAGCUGUCGCCGCUGGAGCUCCGGCUCUUGCUGGACCACGAGGACCGCAUCUGCGUCGAGAGCUACUCCCUGCUGCGCUGCGAGGCGCUGGCGCUGACGCACUCGGACGGCCGCUUCGAGCUGGUUUUCCUGGGGAAAAGACUCUACCUACGAGCUCCUUCUCGAGACGAGGCCGAGGACUGGUUGGACAGGAUCCGCGAGGCGCUGCACAAGUGCCGGCCUCAGCUGGAGGAGGAGGAGUGGGAGACGCUGGAGUACGUGGAGGACGGUAGCGAAGGCCAGUCCAUCCAGAGCGACUCCGCUGCCCUUCUCCAGUACGGUGACCCCCCUGGGAACAGCUUUGACUGGACUCCAGCUCACGAACCGGAGCUAGAUGCAAUAAAAGAGGCUGUUCUCUACAUGGACGUAGACAAAAACUGGGUCCCUUUUAUUUUCUCCCUCUCUCUAGAAGCUUUAAAGUGCUUUAAAAUCAGGAACAACGACAAAAUUUUAAGCAACAGUUACGGUAUAGGGACCAUCCAGGACAUCCUUCCAGACACGAGCCUUGGGGGACCCGCGUUCUUCAAGGUGAUCACCUCCAAAGCUGUCCUGAAGCUGCAGGCUGAGAACGCGGAAGAAGCGGCCUUGUGGAGGGAGCUGGUCCGUGACGUGCUCAUGUCCUACCUAGAGAGCGCUGAGGAGGCGCUGACGCUGGCCGGCAGCUUGGACGGACACUCCCAGGUCAUCCUGAAGAACAUCGUGAAGGAAAACAGCUUCUUGUUGCAAUACCUGGUGGCCAUCCCCUUGGAGAAAGGCUUGGACUCGCAGAGCUUCAUCUGUGCAGGCUGCUCCCGGCAGAUCGGCUUCUCCUUUGCCAAGCCCAAGCUCUGUGCCUUCUCUGGCCUCUCCUACUGUGACAGCUGCCACCGGGACGACGAGACGGUGAUUCCCUCGCGCCUCAUCCACAACUGGGAUCUGACGAAACGAGGGGUUUGCCGGCAGGCUUUGAAGUUCCUCACCCAGAUCCGUAACCAGCCGCUCAUCGACCUGAAGCUGGUCAACGAGAGCCUCUACGACCACGUGGAGAGGAUGAGACGGAUCCACCGGAGCCGGGAGCAGCUGAAGCUGCUGGGAGAUUAUCUCAUCAUGUGCCGCAGUGGGGCCCUGAAGGAGCUGAGCAAGCGGCUUGACCACAGGCAUUACCUCUUGGAGUGUCCCCACAAGUACAGCGUGGCCGAUCUGAGGCAGAUAGCUGACGGCGUCUUCGAGACCUUCCUGCAGUCUCUGCUCCAGUUCGCUUCCCACCAUGUCUACAACUGCGACCUCUGCACCCAGCGCGGCUUCAUCUGCCAGAUCUGCAACAGCAGCGACAUCAUUUUCCCCUUCGAGUUUGACACUACCGCCAG